AUGCGUCCCGCAACCCUCCUCCUCCCCCUCCUCCCCGCCGCCGCCUCCCAGACCCUCUGCCCCCUCACACCCUGCAGCGCCGUCCACGUCCUCCUCAUCCGCGGCACGAACGAGCCGUACCCGGGUCUGCAACAGCCCAUCGCCGAGGCCAUCUGCAAGGACUGGGACUGCACGUGGGCGAGCGUCGAGUACCAGGCCGUCUUCCACGACUACUGCGACUCCGUCGAGGGCGGCGUCGCCAACACCCUCAAGGCCGUCACCGACUACGCCACCCGCUGCCCGGACGCCAAGAUCGUGCUGUCCGGCUUCUCGCAGGGCGGCCAGGUCGUCGGCGACUUGCUCGGCGGCGGCGGCGGGGAGUUCAAGAGCCAGAGCUGCGUGCAGGAGACGAGCGAGGGGAUUGCGCCGGAGGUUUUCCCUGGCGAUCAUAUCGCUGCUGCUCUUAUCUGGGGCUCGCCGAGACACGUUGCGAACCAGACUUACAACUUGCUCGUUGGCGCCCGCAUGCAGUCCGGUUUCCCUCGGGAGGGCGCGCAGCUCGAGUCGCUGAACCGGUGGUCUGCCAGACUGCGCGACUACUGUAAUGCUGACGACCCCGCCUGCUCUCAAGGAACUAGCUGGGACGCGCACGAGAACUACGGCCUGAAGUAUGCGGAGGAUGCGGCUCAGUUCGUCAAGUUCAAGUACCCCGCCGAAUUCGUCAAGACUCGUCGCCAGUUACACGUCAAGUCCGGCGAUGCGCCGCCGAGCUCCCUCUCCAUCGUCCGCGAGACCGUACGCCGCUCCGGCGUGAAGGGCAUCUACUCGGGCGUCCAGGCCCUCGCGGCCUCCAACGCGGCCAAGUCCGGUAUUCGGUUUCUCGCCUUCGAGACCACCCGCGCCAAGCUCGAUGGCCUGAACGGGACCGACCCGAAGGCCGGGCGGCCGAGGUCCGCGUGGAUCAACGUCGUGAGCGGGCUCAGCGCCGGCGUGGCGGAGAGCAUCGCGGUGGUGACCCCGGGCGAGGCGAUCAAGACGAAGAUGAUCCACGACGCGUCGUCGUCGUCGUCCGGCGGACGGUUCGCGAACCGAGGGCUCGCCGGCGCCGUCGGCGUGCUUGUUCGCGAGGAGGGCGUGAGGGGGUUGUGGAGCGGUCUGACGCCGGUGUUGUGCAAGCAGGGGACCAACAGCGCGGUGCGGUUCACGACGUUUGCGAUGCUCCAGGAGCGGGUCGCGAGCUGGUGGCCUAGCCUCGACGGGAGCGUCGGCAGCACGCUUGUCUUGGGAGGGAUCAGUGGUGUUUUUACGGUAUAUGCGUCGAUGCCGUUUGAUAACAUCAAAACGAGGAUGCAGGCUGUUGAUGCGAGGUACAAGGGUAUGCUGGACUGCGCUGCGCAGGUCUUUCGGGGUGAUGGCGUGUUGGCUUUUUGGAGAGGCACUUCGCCUAGACUAGUCCGCUUGACGCUUUCGAGUGGCAUCACUUUUACGGUGUACGACCAGGUGGUCCGCCUGAUCAAGUCGAUUCAAGCAGAUGGUGCCGCUGGCGAUCUCCAGCGCGUGUAA